GGCAGGGGUGGGGGGAGAAACUGGGCUGGCUACACCCACCGGAAACAAAGUCCGCAACAUAGCAGCAGCAGUUAUGAAUUGCAGCGACACCUGACUUAAUGCACAUUUCUCUUUAAAAAUACGUAUAUACAGUUUCCAGAAUUACCAUUCAUCUGGUGUUCUUAUAUUAUACAUGAGAUUUAACUGUUAAGAUUCAGACCAGCUAGUUUUCAACACCAGCAGCUGAUCAGUGAGUGGGAGGGAGGAGAGUGCAGAACCAUUUCCCAGGGAUUACUAUCCAAACCAGUCUUUAUUGUCGGCGAAAAGAAUAAAGUGCAUUCGGAGGGAUAUAGUGUAUCGUACGCUUUUUUAAAAUAGCUUUUUUUUUUUUGUUUAGACUCACCGGUAAUUACCGAUACCAUUCCUUGUCGAUGGUGUGCUUUUGGUAUUGAAUAUUGUUGACGGACUUUUUUUUUUUACUCUGGACAUUCCUUGCUCAGUAAAGCAAUUCCUAUUUUUUGUUUUUGUUUUUUUGGCUACAUUGCAUUUUCACUGCAUCCGCCAGCAUUAAGAAUGACGACUGUAUCGGCAGAUUUUUUUUUUUAAUAAAUAUAUUAACACAGUUACGGACCUUGUUCUGAUACAUUUAUAGUGUAUUUUUUUUCUUAUGGGAUUGUAUUUUAUUUAUUUUUGUAUAACCCAGCCUUUGAAGCCAGGAUGCUUAAUCUGAAAAGGUUGCUGUGGGUCUCAAACCGCUCCUUCCUGGCCUUCAUUUUCUUCUUUUCCUUGUCUACAUCAUGUCUAUAUUUCAUAUACGUGGCCCCUGGAAUAGCAAACACCUACCUCUUCAUGGUUCAAGCACGAGGUAUAAUGUUAAGGGACAAUGUGAGAACAAUAGGACAUAUGAUCAGAUUGUACACAAACAAGAACACGACCCUUAAUGGCACAGAUUAUCCUGAUGGAAAUAAUACCAGUGAAUACCUUGCUCAGCCAACUGCAUAUCUUCCAGAGAAUUUUACCUAUGCUUCAAACCUCCCAUGUCCUGAAAAACUACCUUCUAUGAAGGGUGCUAUUGAUGUUAAUGUGACUGAAAUAACAAUGGAUGAAAUUCAUCAGAACUUUUCAAAGUAUCUGGAUAUCCAACCUGCAGGACACUGGAAGCCUAAAGACUGCAAACCUCGAUGGAAGGUGGCAAUCCUUAUUCCCUUCCGCAACCGUCAUGAACAUCUCCCAAUACUUUUCCGACAUCUAAUUCCAAUGCUCCAAAGACAGCAUUUGCAGUUUGCCUUCUAUGUAAUUGAGCAGGGUGGUACCCAGCCCUUUAAUCGUGCCAUGCUGUUUAAUGUUGGUUUUAAAGAAGCCAUGAAGGACCUAGACUGGGACUGUCUUGUUUUCCAUGAUGUGGAUCAUAUCCCAGAAAACGAUCGAAAUUAUUAUGGUUGUGGACAAAUGCCUCGCCACUUUGCUGCAAAACUUGACAAGUACAUGUAUAUCCUUCCAUACAACGAGUUCUUUGGGGGUGUAAGUGGUCUAACUGUGGAACAGUUUCGGAAGAUAAAUGGAUUUCCCAAUGCUUUUUGGGGCUGGGGUGGAGAAGAUGAUGAUCUGUGGAACAGAGUUCACUAUGCUGGGUUCAAUGUGACAAGGCCGGAAGGAGACUUGGGAAAUUACAAAUCAAUCCCACAUCAUCACAGAGGAGAAGUUCAGUUCUUGGGGAGGUACAAGUUACUGCGGUACUCCAAAGAACGUCAACAUCUUGAUGGUUUGAACAACUUGAAGUAUACCCCAGAAAUAACAAUGGGUAGUUUGUAUAAAAACAUAACGGUGAACCUUACUCCAGAACUAGCUCCAAUUGAAGACUAUUGAUCUGAUAUACAUGGUCACUGAUUCAGUGAAUUCCAUUGAACCAAUACUGAAGAUCUCACCCUGAAACUUGUGGCAGUUCAGAAUGGGAGCAUGGUGUUAAAUUUCCAAGCUACUUUCUUUUAAGUGGAGACUUAGGGCCUGUAUAAUCGAACAAGUGAUUGUGUUUGUCAAUGCAUGCUAAGUGUCAGUUCUGGCUUUUGCUAAUAAGUUCACACCACACUUUGAAGGUAGGAAUGCCAGCAGUUACAAAUUAACAUGUUUACUGCAAAGCCUUUAUAAAUCAUUCUGGCUUUGUAUCACUGUAUCUGUUACCAUGAGAAGCCACUUCAGUUAAUUUUACAUCGGGAGGCAAUAGAGAUCUUUCUUAUUCUACACAUACCAUAUGUGAUUUAAUUUGAAAUUUGUAUUAUUUUGUAUAUUUUUUUAAGUGUAGGUAAUUUGUUUGUUUAUGUGAUUGUACAUUUACAGUACGUGUUGUAAAUUUUAGUUAUUGUUUUAGUAGAACUACUGGUCAUAUGUAACAUAAGUAUUGUGCAUUUUUCUGGCUAUGUAGUGUAUUGCAGAUUCUAUUUGCAUGAGCGAACAUAUGUAAAUACAGGCCUUUUAAACAAAUUGUUUAGGAUAUUAGAAUUAUGAAACAUAUACCAACGUAUCUUUUGGUUUAUCAUUUGGUUUUGGCAGCUAUGGCUACACUUUUUUUUUGAUAACCUAUAAAACCAAUGAGUGAGUGGCCUUUCAUGUGGGAAGAUAUAAUGUGAGCAGAAGUUUCGACUUCUCUAGGUUGACUUUCUUUUGCAUGCCUUUUUAAUGUAUUUUAUUGUUUAUUUUAUAUAUAU